AAGUUCACGGCGUUGGUUAGAAUUAGAACUGCUUGUUGUUGUGUCGUCGGUGUGAUGAGUCAGUCCACACGUUGGUUUUAUGCACACUGCUCUGUGCUGCGGGCUGGUGCGGUGAUUGACAGGCUUCUGGCCAAUCGCAGAGUAGUUCAGCUGGCGUUCUGACCAAUAGCGUUGCACGUGUGGAGAGGAACUGAAUGGCAACGCCCUGCUCAUUUUGUAUUACAUGAAAGUCUGGGUGGAGACGGUAGUUUUGGCACAGGGCAUCUCCGAACAGUUUGUACAGUUCGAAAAUUGUUAAGGAUGGCCGCUCAUUGUGUGUCGAAGGUCGAGCUCUCCAUCUCUUGCAGUAAUCUUCUGGAUAAAGAUGUUGGAUCCAAAUCUGAUCCACUCUGUGUUCUGCUGCAGAGCGUCGGGGAUGACAAAUGGUCCGAGGUGGAGCGCACGGAGAGAGUGAAGAACUGCCAGGACCCCGAGUUCUCAACAAAACUUCACAUUGACUACCACUUUGAGAAGGUGCAGAAACUAAAGUUUGGCGUCUAUGAUAUUGACAACAAGUCUGUCGACCUCAAGGAUGACGACUUCCUGGGAGGCUUUGAAUGCACCCUUGGCCAGAUUGUCUCAAGUAGGAAGAUUACCAGACCCCUUCAGCUCAAGGCAGCAAAACCAGCUGGGAAAGGCACAAUAACGAUCACAGCUGAAGAGGUGAAAGACAACAGGGCUGUUGUGAUGGAAGUAGAGGCCAAAAACCUGGAUAAAAAGGAUAUGUUUGGGAAGUCUGAUCCAUUUUUGGAGUUUUUCAAGCAAGAAGAAGAUGGGAAGUGGCAGCUAGUUCACAGGACUGAGGUCAUCAAGAAUAAUUUGAAUCCAUCUUGGAAAAAGUUUAUGGUUUCCUUGCAUACAUUCUGUAGUGGUGACCUGAAUAAACCAAUCAAGGUAACUUGUUACGAUAAGGAUGAAGACACAAGCUCAGACAUGAUAGGAGAGUUCACCUGCACUGCCGCUAAACUAAUGGAGGCUAAAGACAAUGCGGUUGAGUUUGACUGCAUUCAUCCAGAGAAGCAAAAGAAGAAAAAGAGUUAUAAGAACUCUGGGGUCAUCAGGAUUAAGUAUUGCAAGCUUGAGGCACAGUAUUCAUUUCUGGAUUACGUGAUGGGAGGUUGCCAAAUUAACUUCACGGUGGGCAUUGACUUCACUGGCUCUAAUGGAGACCCCCGCUCCCCUGACUCUCUGCACUAUCUCAGCCCUAAUGGCGUGAAUCAGUAUCUGUCAGCCAUCUGGUCUGUUGGACAGGUAGUCCAAGACUACGACACUGAUAAACUUUUCCCAGCAUUUGGAUUUGGUGCUCAAGUGCCUCCAAACUUCCAGGUAUCCCAUGAGUUCCCAUUGAACUUCAACCCCAAUAGCCCAUAUUGCCAAGGAGUGCAAGGCAUUGUGGAUGCCUACCGCAUGGUUUUGCCUCAAAUUCGUCUCUAUGGACCCACCAACUUCUCUCCCAUUAUAAAUCACGUGACCCGAAUUGCAUCCGGAGCCGCCCAGCAGCCAAAUGCAGCACAAUACUUUGUGCUGCUGAUCAUCACUGAUGGAGAGAUCACUGAUCUCGACCAGACCAGACAGUCCAUCGUGAACAGCUCCAAACUGCCCAUGUCCAUCAUCAUCGUGGGUGUGGGUGAGGCAGACUUUAAGGCCAUGGAGUUUCUGGAUGGGGACAAUGGAGUUCUUAAAUCUGUGACCGGAGAACCGGUGGCCAGAGAUAUUGUGCAGUUUGUGCCCUUCAAGCAGUUUGCCAGUGCUCCUAAAGAAGCGCUGGCUCAGAGUGUUCUAGCCGAGGUGCCAAAUCAGCUGGUGUCAUACUUUAAAAUGAGAAAUAUGGCUCCUGUCAACCCUCCUUCACCUGUCAAGUAGACACAGGUUUGCGCUGGAGACUGAAUUGUAGGUAUCUAAAAGAAAUAGGAGUUAGUUAGAAUUAGUAUGGGUCACCACUAGAGGGAACCACAGCUCCGUUAAAGGAAACACUGUGGGGAUGUUGAACUCUAAUGAAAACCACUUGUAUUUUCCUUUUUUAUAUAUUAUGCAAAUAAUUUUCAUUCUCAGUCCUUCAUAUUUUUCUUUUACUUUCCAAGAUUGUUAUUCCUUAUUAUUCUUUUCCAACUGGAAAACAGUUUAUAUAAAUGUCUUUUUUAUAGAUAUAUUUCUCUGCAUUGUUCCAUAUAUUUUUGUAUUAUUGUUCAUGAAUACAGGUGCCUUGAGUUUCUUAAGCCAAUAUUUGAAAUCACUUUUAGGCCUUGCUCUGCUUUUUGAUGUAGAUGUAUGCUAUAUCAAUCAGGAAUAUUGUUUUAUGAAAUUUCCUGCACUUUCUGCGAUAUAGUAUUUGUCAGAAAAAAGUUAAUGACUCAAAACACAUUCAACCACUAUGCUGCAAUUAAUAAUCAUGCUGCCAUAAUAGAGAGUAGUAGCUAUAUGUUUACCAAAGAAAUUGCUGCAUGUUUUUCACUAUCAAACUAAAGCUGUGUGAAGUUAGAUUGUUUGAUAUUUGUUUUGCCAAUAUGUUAUCAUUGUUUUGAUCAAGAUACAUUGAGAAUCAUUUAGAAUGCAUAUGUACUAUGUAUGUAGUAUGAAUUUGAGUAGAAUGGAAUUUAAAAAUACUGGUUUACUGGUAUAAAGACAGAUAUUGGGACCAUAGAACUCCUUAUCCGUUAUGCCUUUUUAUUUUGAGAAUUUUGUACAUUUGUGUCAAACAAUGUUUUAAAGAUCCAUUUGGAAUAACAGAAGUAGUGCUGUUAAUUUCAUUUAUCUAACUCAAAUGUUUGCACCUUAAUUGCACAGUAAAGUUAAUUGCACUUCUCCACUAGAUCUAUUGACUUUAGACAUGUACUCUUGCGCUUGCCACAUGAAGCCUUAUUGGGACCGUUUUCUUGUUUAAAGAAUCUUUUUAAUCUAACAAUUUAAAGGGAGUGGUAUAAUAAUCAUAUUAUGAAUGUUUUUCUUCUGCAUAAUUUUUUUUCAUAAUCAUGAAAUAUGAUGUUUACACGGCAACAUGUUCUUCAAAAGCCAUUGUCACUGUUACACCAAUUUUAGUGUCAAAAAAUGCUGAAUAUAAUAAAAUUGCCUUAACACACACAA